UGGGUCUCAAACGCUGAGUCGGUGUUCAAUAGGUACUCACUUGGAAGAUUUCGCUACAGCAUUUUACACAGUGGUUGUGAAGAGAAUUGCAAAGUAGAGACUAAGUGCAUUUUGCGAGACUGACUACUUUUUUUUGUGGUUCACCUCCACAAGCAGUCAAUUUAAUGAAGGAGAGUGGUAUUAUGGAGCAGGAGAAAUAUCUGCCAGAGCUGAUGGCCGAAAAAGAUAGCUUGGAUCCUUCUUUUGUUCAUGGAAUGCGCUUCUUGGCUGAAGAAAUUGAUAAAUACGAAGGUGAUGAAGUCAAAAAGGAAGAUGAGGAGAAGAAAUACCUAGAUGUCAUCAGCAACAAAAACAUUAAAUUGUCAGAAAGAAUACUGAUUCCCGUACAACAGUAUCCAAAGUUUAAUUUUGUGGGUAAAUUGCUUGGACCACGAGGCAACUCACUGAAGAGGUUACAAGAAGAAACAGGGGCAAAAAUGUCCAUCCUAGGGAAAGGAUCAAUGAGGGAUAAAGCCAAGGAGGAAGCACUUAGAAAAAGUGGAGAAGCAAAGUAUGCCCACUUGAACAAUGAUCUGCAUGUGUUAAUUGAAGUAUUCGCUCCACCUGGAGAAGCCUAUUCUCGAAUGAGUCAUGCCUUGGAGGAGAUAAAAAAAUUCCUAGUUCCAGAUUAUAAUGAUGAGAUACGCCAAGAGCAGCUAAGGGAACUCUCAUAUCUGAAUGGCUCUGAAGACUCUAGCCGAGGGAGAGGAGUUCGUGGACGGGGCAUUCGGCUCCCUUCUACAGUUUCUGCAAGGGGCCGUGGAGGAGCAGUCCCACCCCCUCCACCGGGAAGAGGGGCCAUCGCAGCAAGAGGAGUGCCUGUGAGCCGCGGAUCGCUGCCUGGUCUGCCAGCUGCCAGAGGAGUGCCAGCCCCACGUGCAAGGGGAUCUCCAGCAGCAUCAGGGUACAGGCCAGUCCCACCUCCAGCAACCCACGACUCAUACGAGGAAUACGGAUAUGAUGAUGGAUAUGAUGGGGAGUAUGAUGAUCAGACAUAUGACACAUAUGACAAAAGUUAUGGCAGCCAGACUCAAAGUGUCCCUGAAUAUUAUGAGUAUGAGCAUGGAACAAGCGAAGAAGCCUAUGACAGUUACGCUGAAGAAGACUGGCCAACGACCCGCCCUAGCCUCAAAGCACCACCAGCAAGGUUAUCCAGAGGGGGCUACAGAGAACACCCCUAUGGUAGAUAUUGAAAAUGCUCCUCUUCUGUGACCUCUCAAAGACUGCAUUAAUAUCCUGUGGUCACCACAUAAGCCACUACAAGACAAGUAAUAGUCCAUUUCGUUUCUACCCUUGGGAUUUCUGCUCUCGGGUACCUUGCAUACAUCUUGUAUUACCUAAAAUGCUGCAACAAAGUCAGCAUUAUUGUUUUUUAACACAGACUUAAAACAAAACGAAGCAAAAACUGUGGCAGGCUUUGUCGAUAACCCAUGCAAUGGGAUGCUGUACUCUUGGUUGUCAGUCAUUGUGUGUAUUUCAAUCAGCAAAAAACGCAUGCAGUUGUCACAGAGCUAAAGCCUCUUGACAAACAAGCUAAAUCUGGGUUCUCGUUCGGGAGCAAGAAAAGACUGUGAACAAGAUUUUUGAAUUAGAUGAUAACCAAGCUGUAGAUAACUUGUUUUAAACUGUCUGAUUUUUAAUAUUUGUUAGUUCAUUUUAAGAUGUUCAAUAUUAACUUUGUACAUUUAAUUUAAAAUGUUGUUUAAUGGGAUGAUUGAAAGCAAUGAGCUAUGUAUGGAGCUAACUUUAAGUGAUCUAUUCGGUGUUUAACCUGUAUUUGUUUUUUUGUUAUUUUUGUUGUUUUUUUGUUUUUUUUAAAAAGCACAUAAAGUUCCAUGUGUAAGCUUCUCUAAAUAGGUAACCAUAACUUGUCAAAUAUGUUUUGCCAUAAUUUGUCAAUAAA